UACAAAUUAUUUUAAAAUGUGAAGCCUUUUGAACGUUUGAAAAAAAAACAAACAAUGGCGUUGGGCCCAGACAUCUCCAAACCUUCCAACCUAUGGGACAUAACUCAGAAUCGUCAGCAGCAACUGGCCAGACGUCGACGUUACUUCGUCCCAAGGAACCAAGGUCUGCUGUCAGCAUUUACCGCCUGCUGCUGUUUGGUGUUCAUGAUGACGUUUCUAGAAACGUCUAGAGUCCUGAUUCCAUCAAAAGUCGUUUCCAAAAGAGAUCUCCAUCUUCUUACUGAAGGGUUCACCAAUGACUUGCAGGUCAAAGAAGGUAACGAUGGCGACACGCCACUCUCGGCUCAGCGCCCACACAGACCUGGGGCAGUGGUGGUUGGGUUUUCCCAUUGCGGAGCCUAUGCCUUUCUGUCUGCUCUCUCCGUCCAUCCGCACCUGGUGGUCAACAAGAAAAAUGUCUAUUUUUUUUCUGGCAACCAGACAACUGAAUGGUAUCUGACCCAGAUGCCGCCUUCAUUAGAUCACCAGACGACCGUCGAUCUAAGCACUUCAACCAUCCAGCACAAGGCGGCGAUCAAGAGAUUGAAAGCCUUCAAUGAAACCGUGAGAAUUAUCGUUGUCAUCUGCGACCCCGUUGCAAGGAUGCUGAAUAAAUAUCUUGCUGAACAGAAGCACCAAUCAGCGAAGACGAGGCUUGAAAAGUUGGAUGAGCGCGAAAUAGUUCAAAGAUUUAUCGACACGAUAUUCACGACAAAGAACGGCACUAUUGCUGUUAGGACAGAUUUAAUCUCCGGGGUUGGAGACUAUUUCAAACAUUUCAUUGAUCUCUACCAAGCGUUUCCUAGGAGACAAGUUCACGUGGUUGAGCAGCGUCGUUUCUUUGAAAACCCUAGCAACGAGCUCUCUAAACUUCACAAGUUUUUGCGCGUCACGCCUCUAUCUCACAUCGCGGAUAUUCAGUACGACUCACUCAACAAUAAACUUUGCUACAACGCCUCUGUCUGGAGACGCAUGUGCGUCCCAGAGAUAAUCAAAAAUGUGAGCAAAAUUUUUGUUCCCGAAUAUAACGAUCACCUUAAAAAACUGCGACAAUUCUUUGCCCCUUUCAAUAAAAGACUCUAUAUUUAUUUAGAACAUUCAUUCGGUUGGCUUUGAUUUGAAACAAAUGCUUUCUUUUAAAAAUUGAACCUUAUGUUUGAUUAAAAAAACAACACGUGAAAUGAUUCUCAUUAUCUUAAAAAUAGGGAAGCCUAGCUUGAACCACGAUUAGACCUAACUUGAACUAUGGUUAGACUUAACUUGAACUAUGAUUAGACCUAACUUGAACUAAGAUUAGACCUAACUUGAACUAUGAUUAGACCUAACUUGAACUAUGAUUAGACCUAACUUGAACUAUGAUGAGACCUAACUUGAACCACGAUUAGACCUAACUUGAACCACGAUUAGACCAAAACGGAUUACACAAUGAAGACGAGAAGAGUGAACCACUAAUUUGUGUCCAGUGCAAAACGAGUGGACUCAUCGAUUUAGGCCUACUAUCUAAAGACAGUUUUUUCUCUGAAAUUUAAAGCCACAAUGUGUGUGUGUGUGUUAUGUAUUGCUAAGUAUUUUGUAAAAAAUGUAAGCUUGUUUUCAUGUUGGGAUGUUCCUUAAGUGUGGAACAUAUCUACUUCCUAAUGCAAACCUCCCACAUGACGACGGUGGAUGGCAGCUGGAACGGUUUGACAACUUUGAACCCGGAUCCAUCGAGACGACCGAACGACAGUCUAAAACUCAUAGGGCAGAACCAGGCAGUCAUCAUUAUGUAUUAAAUGUAUUGUAUAUACUGCCAUGUAUUGUUAUGUAGUGAUUUGUAGUACUAUUAUUGCUAUGUAUUGAUUUAUAGUGCUAUUUAGUAGUAUGUAGUGGUAGUGCUAAGUAUUUCUAUGUAGUGUUACAAAGUAGGCCUAAUAUACAUUCCUACAUAUUGGUGUGUGUUGUAGGCCUACACAAUACUGCUAUGUUACCUGCUCGUUAAACUUUAGACUUAUUCUUGUUAAUAUUACACAAUGAAUGAAGGGGAAACAGUUUUAUGUAGUAGAGUCAUGAACAGGACAGGGUUUGUCGUGGCUGAUUAGUUGUCCGAGGAUCGAAUCUCGGGGACCACAGUAAUUGGUACUUGACAUUACUAAAGGAAUAGGCGUUUGGCGACGUGACAGCCAUUAACUGUUGAAUAGACUAACAAUUAACAGUAUCUGUCCCAUGAGCCCCUAGGUAUCGAAGAAAACUUUUGCAGAAAGGUUUACUGAGUAACAUUGAAUAGUUAUUACAAAAGACACAAUAUUGCCACCAAUAUCUCAAUAAGUCCUAAGUGACUUCAAAUGAAAACACGGGGUUCAUAUCUAGUCUUAUAGAAAGUAAAUACAUUUGUAACAAUACAUGUAAUGUGUAUAAUCAAAGAAUAGUAAGAACAUAAAUAAAAAUAUAUAUAUUUGAAUAGAUUUUUUAAAUGCGCAGUCCUACUUUUGUAUCUCUAAAAACUCUGUGGAUAGUAUCCCUGUAGACCAGGGGUGGGCUAAUUACGGGCCGCGGGCCACAUGCGGCCCGCCGGAGUGUUUUAUGCGGCCCGCCGACACCUACAGAAGUCAGGUGUGCACACAGCAUAUACUUAUAAAAAUGCAAAUAUAUUAAAAAUAAUAUAAAUAUAAAUUAUUGAAAAUGUCAUUAUAAAAAGUUUCAAGCAAACGAAGAUUAUGCUUAUUGUCUAUACAUCAAUACAUUCAAUUCAAGACACAAUCUCUGAUCAGUAUUUAUUCAAUGCUAUGAAGAACUAUAUUGAAUGUUGGGUAUUCUAGGAACAAGAUGGCAAGGGUGACAACUGGUAGAGCUCGAUCUUUGACUGAGUAAAAAGGUGGAUUUUUUUAAAUACCUCAACUAUAAACUUUAAACAGGAAAGUUUGCACAAAGCUUCAACUUCAUGAUAGCAGAAUGUUUAUAGUAAAAUUAUUAGAGCUAGGGUGUAUUAACCACAGGUAGUUCCAAUUAUGAACAAAAUAAUCCAAUAAUUCCUCAAUCUUAACAUGGGCAAGGUAAACGAGAGCACUAUAAAAUCUGAAGGAAGAAAUUGUUAUGUUACUUGAAGGACAUUGUGACUCUCUUACCAAUAUUUCUAAUGAAGAGUGGAAGACAGAUUUCAGGUUUCAUAACUGCCAUUGCAAUGAGUUUUUUGCAUAUGAAAUGUAAAUGGAUGUUAAAUCUUUUCAAACAAGGCCUUCCCUUUUCUACAAGCAAGCAAAAAGAAAAC